AUGAAGUUGGGAUCGCCGGUGAAAGAGUGGAUUGAGAACGAGAUAAAUUACAGCGUCCAAUAUCUUAAAGUGGUUGAGAUGUAUGGAUAUAAUGGUUACACCAUUGAAGUGGACCUUAUCAAGUGGUUCCUUAAAAAUGUUGUUUCCCUUGAGAAGAUUUCUGUUGAUCCUUUUAAUAACCUGGACAUGCUACCUUCACCCUGGGACAAUCAACCUGCCAUAUUUUGUGCAAAAGCUGAGAUAAAACUUGAAGACAAGAGAAGGAAAAGCUCUAAUUUUGGCGUUUGUUUCAUUUGUUGCUCUCCGAGACCCAUCAGUGUUUUGUUUUUGUUCCUGGGAUGUGUUGAUUUUGUUGCUGUCAUUUGUUGCCCUUUUGGAAAAGCUCAAUUUUUUGAAGGGAUUAAGCUUGCGAGUACAACUGAGCUGCAUAAAACUGAUGAUCGGAUUAGUGAGCUCCCAGAUGAAAUCCUUACUUGCAUCUUAUCGUUUCUAAAACUCAAAGAAGCUGGCAGAACUAGUGUUCUUUCCAAAAGAUGGAAGCACGCCUGGACUUAUGUUCCUGACCUUGAUUUUGAUACAUUUACUAUAGAAUGCUACUGUGAUAAGAUAUUCAGGUCCAAGCGCUUUGUGAGGUUACCUGCAAGGGGAUCCAAAGAAAUAAAGAGACUUAAAAGGGAAAGGUGCAAGUUUGUUAAUUGGGUAAACAAGGUGGUAGACUCCCAUCAAACCAUGAGGUUGAACAAGUUCAGAAUUUAUAAUCAUUUCGAUGAUUCCUUUCGGGAGGAUAUGAAUAAAUGGCUUCAGUAUGCCUUCAACAGGGGAGUGGAAAGGCUGGAAGUUGACCUGUGGAAGCUUGGCCUUCAUCCGUCGUCCUCCUGUGGAUCUUAUGUUUUUCCUUCUACAAUUGUUACUCAAAGAAGUUGGAGUUCUCUGAAAGUGUUAGUUUUUAACAACGUUAACGUCUCCGGGAGCGAUCUUGAAUCAUUUUUGCACAAUUGUAAGUUUAUUGAAAGUCUGGUGGUACGGGAAUCUUGUGGUUUAAAGACUCUGGAGGUUUUUGGUCCACAGCUUGCAUUGCAGCACCUGGAAAUUUUAAAUUGUACCUUAGAGUCCAUUACUGUGUGUAAUGCUAAUCUUUACUCGCUAAAGAUUGAUGUUACAUCAAAACUAGUGCUUAAGAAUGUCCCCAGCUCAUUGAGAUUCACUUUAUGGACCAUUGUCCCUGUGUAG